CUCUAGGUGCGGCGUUGAUGCUGGUAACAGUGGUGGGGAUCCCGGCACACAGCCAGCAGGCAUCGGCAGCAUCCUUCCGCCUGGUCACCGCUUACACGUUAAACCGAACUGAUGACUCCACUCAAACAUUUCUCAGAGUGGGGACCUCUCCCUCCACCCGGUCCCUUACCUUGGCUCUGCAGACUGACCUGACUAACUGUGGAUGCAAUGUCACCGGGAAUUACUCAGGUCGCGUCCUCCAGGUGACAGGUGGCUACACAGGUGAUGCGCUCAAAAUCGUGGCGCAGAGGUACCAGCAUGUGGGGGGCGUUGGAUCAGCUGAGGAGUUGGUGAGCGUAGCGUGGCACCCCGAGGAAGAGAGCGAGACGCAGCCGGAACCGAGGCAGGACGGGGCGUGGUGGUGCGCACUCAGUUCUCUGAAUCCAUCUUUGGCGUAUCUUUGGACUCGCUGAUGCCGGGGAAGCGUCGGCGUCUCCUGAACCUCACCGUCACGCCACACACUGGAGAACACUGGCAGGUGAGCCUACAUGUGCCAAUUAUCUCUACAGCCCUCGAGUGGGAGACGAAGCUCUGGAAAAAUCAGGGCAAGCAACAUUGGGAAGUUAAUGGGGAAGUCAAGUCUACCAAAUCUGACAUAUCGUUAGAAUUCGUUCACUUCAAGCAGGAGAAGCAGGACGAGGAGACUCAGGUCACGGAUGACAGAGGUGAGGCUGGCAGGUGUGAUGCUGAAGGUUGUGGGGACGGCAAUGUCAAGGAGCCAAAAGCCAAGUCGCGGCACCACGUCGACAGUGAUUGCGACUCAGAUUUAAGAAAAGAACAGACAGUAGACCAGAAUGAAGUUUGUAGUGGUCGAGAUCAUAAAUCAGAAGACUUAAAGCAAAAUGAUCAUGAUUCCGUAAUGUUAAAUGUAGACGAAGAAUGUUCCAGGAAAGCGGAGUGUGAUGGACCGGAAGAGUCAGUGUCAAGUGAAGCUGUUCAAGAGACUACACAAAAAUUAACUUCCCGGGUUUUCAGCCUUUCUUCCAACAUGAAAACUUUCGUCUCAUCUGACGGAGGACGCUGGAUUCGGAUCCUGCAGCGCACACACCUGGCAUUCUGUCCUCUCGUUGGCUGGAACUUGAACCGUGCGGCGUUGAUGCUGGUAACAGUGGUGGGGAUCCCGGCACACAGCCAGCAGGCAUCGGCAGCAUCCUUCCGCCUGGUCACCGCUUACACGUUAAACCGAACUGAUGACUCCACUCAAACAUUUCUCAGAGUGGGGACCUCUCCCUCCACCCGGUCCCUUACCUUGGCUCUGCAGACUGACCUGACUAACUGUGGAUGCAAUGUCACCGGGAAUUACUCAGGUCGCGUCCUCCAGGUGACAGGUGGCUACACAGGUGAUGCGCUCAAAGUCGUGGCGCAGAGGUACCAGCAUGUGGGGGGCGUUGGAUCAGCUGAGGAGUUGGUGAGCGUAGCGUGGCACCCCGAGGAAGAGAUGCUGUUCAUGGCGGCUCCCAGGACCACCCUCAGCCUGGCCAGCGGGCAUGAGGGCCAGGCGGGGCAGUGGUGGCGGCUGUGGUUGAGAGGCGGUGAGGAAGAGCGCGGCAAGGCCUCCAGUGGUGACCCCGCGCCGCCUCAGCUUGACCAAGAGCGAGACGCAGCCGGAACCGAGGCAGGACGGGGCGUGGUGGUGCGCACUCAGUUCUCUGAAUCCAUCUUUGGCGUAUCUUUGGACUCGCUGAUGCCGGGGAAGCGUCGGCGUCUCCUGAACCUCACCGUCACGCCACACACUGGAGAACACUGGCAGGUGAGCCUACAUGUGCCAAUUAUCUCUACAGCCCUCGAGUGGGAGACGAAGCUCUGGAAAAAUCAGGGCAAGCAACAUUGGGAAGUUAAUGGGGAAGUCAAGUCUACCAAAUCUGACAUAUCGUUAGAAUUCGUUCACUUCAAGCAGGAGAAGCAGGACGAGGAGACUCAGGUCACGGAUGACAGAGGUGAGGCUGGCAGGUGUGAUGCUGAAGGUUGUGGGGACGGCAAUGUCAAGGAGCCAAAAGCCAAGUCGCGGCACCACGUCGACAGUGAUUGCGACUCAGAUUUAAGAAAAGAACAGACAGUAGACCAGAAUGAAGUUUGUAGUGGUCGAGAUCAUAAAUCAGAAGACUUAAAGCAAAAUGAUCAUGAUUCCGUAAUGUUAAAUGUAGACGAAGAAUGUUCCAGGAAAGCGGAGUGUGAUGGACCGGAAGAGUCAGUGUCAAGUGAAGCUGUUCAAGAGACUACACAAAAAUUAACUUCCCGGGUUUUCAGCCUUUCUUCCAACAUGAAAACUUUCGUCUCAUCUGACGGAGGACGCUGGAUUCGGAUCCUGCAGCGCACACACCUGGCAUUCUGUCCUCACGUUGGCUGGAACUUGAACCAAAUAUUUCGGUUCAAUCGUGACUGGACUGGGUGGGAGUACGUGGUGAACACCUGGGAGUGGGGCAACAUGGUGGUGAAGGCGGAGUGGGGCGUCUCUCUCCUGCAGUGGUACCAGAAAACUUUCAGCUUCUCUUUCGACCAGGCGGCGGCGCUCCCCUCCACGCAGCUGGUCCUGGAUUUCCGUGACUGGUGGAGCUACAAGGUGUGGCUGAAGUGGCCGGUCCUCGCGUCCUCCCUCGCCGCUUCCCUCACGCUUGGUCGCGACAGUCACACACUGCUGGGCGAGUCAGACCGUGUGGGGGUGACGUGGGAAGUGAAGAAAGUGGACGAGUUUCUGGGUGAGGACGCCGGAAAGGUGGUGGCGCGGGUGGUAGCGCGACACACCCCUGCUGGCUUGGUGGUGACCUUCCACGCCGACACCGCCAGCAUGCAGGAGCUCCACGAUACCGUCACUGCCGUCCUUGCUCAGGCCAUGGAGAGCCCUGACCUGUGUGGCGAGGUGCCUGACCACGCCACGCUUCUGAAGUUCCUGCACGACUUCCUUGGACAGUCACCGGCGAGUCUCUGGGCGGAUCUGCUGCAGGAAGUCCGUCGCCUGCUGCUGGGGUCUGGCACCGAGGCAGACUUACAUCACCUGCUGGAAGUUUUCAGGGAGGAAAUGGGGACAGCAGAAGGCGUAGGAUUGUGGGAGGCAGUAUGGACGGUGCUGGAGCGGGCGGGGCUGCUGCGUUCCCGCGGCGAGGAGGUGGAGGUGGUGGUGCCCUCCGAGUGGAUUAGGCUGGCGCAGGGGUGGUUCACUUGGGCUGUCAUGGGAGGCGGCGGGCAGUGCGAAGGCAACACACUGAUGGUUAACCUGGUGGAUGCGCUGGCGGAGACCCUGAGGCGAAGUGGCAGCGGGCAAGCAACCUUUUGACCCACCAGUCAGACAAACUUUUAUGUUCGUUCUGAAGGCAAAUCAAAAGCAGGAAUUUGUUACCAAAACCAUAAAUAAAUGACGUCAUCGUACAUCUGGCAUCCAUUCGUGUAGCUGCUAUACAACACUAUAUUGUUUAUUUAUUUAUUUUUUUACUUUGUGUUGAUUAAUUGCUUGCUUAUUCUUAGAAAAUAUGUAGGCGAUAAUAUCAACAUAAAUUAUAUACAUGUAUUCAUUUCAUUGGGACUAUUCACUCCUGUUGCUACGUUCUCAUGUUCGUUUGUAUUGAAAAAUGUUCCCUUAAUUAUCAAUACACCCAACCAUCAAUAAUUAUUAUAGUAAUAUCAAAAUAAAAUGUUCAUUGUUAAAUACUGGAUCAAAAUAAAGCCAAUCAGGGA